AUGCGAUUCGGUGAACGGCUGGCUCGUGAACGAUGGGUGCCCUGGGCGGCCCAGUACAUCAACUACGAGCUUCUGAAACGCAAAAUGAAAGCCGUCAUGGUUGCCCAAGACGAUCAGGGGCGGGAGGAUUGCAAGGAAGACUUCGCCAAGUCGCUGGAUGCAGAGAUAGAGAAGGUGAUUGCCUUCUAUCGAGAGAAGUCAAGCGCAGCGAAGGCAGCUGCUUCCAGCACUCAGGGCGGCGCAGCAAGGAGCAUGGCUGAAACCACAGCUGCUAGCCCCCCAGAGCCAGAAGAAGUGCUGGACCAUCUGGAUGCGUCUCUGAGGAGCCUGCGGCCCAUUGCUCUGGACAUCUUCCACCUGCUGGGCUAUGUCAGCCUCAACACUGCAGCCCUGCGCAAGAUACUGAAGAAGUACGCGAAGAAUGUGGAGCCCACGAAGCCACAGCCAGGAUACCUCACACUUAGGGUGGAGCACCCUCACGAGCCUGGCUGGAAGCUGCUUCAGGCAAGCUGCUUCAAGGCACCUUUUGUUGCUUCAAGACACCAUUCGUUGCUGAUCAACGGGGACUGGCUGACCAGCUACAGUCGUGUGGAGGGCACCUUCCUGAAGGAGUCCAUUGGCCGCGAGCUGGAAGCCAUGGGCAGCCACGAGGCACUCAACCAGGCUUCUGAGAAGGCAAGUCACACCAUGCAACUGAUGCAUGUGAGGGAUGUGUACGAGCACCUGAGGGAGUGCCGCGAGAAAUUCAUGGCGGUGCACCCGGGCGUCGCCAGCCGCGCGCCGGCGGCCGCCGUGCCGGCGCCGCGGCCGCUGCCGGCCGACACGAAGGCCGCUCGCACCCUCAGCCGCCGCCUCAGCUCCCGCACCUCCUUCAAGUACACCCCCGCAUGGACGCCGGGGCUGCCGGGCGCGGAGCCCGAUCAGGGGCUGGACUUGGACGAGCUGCUGCAGCAGAUGAAGUUUGCGCUGGAGAUGGCGGACCGCAACGCGCGACUCAUCCACCCCAUCCCCUGGCAGGAGGCCCAGGCAUGCACCCCGUCAUUUUGGGCUGGUAUCUUCGAGCCGGCCCCGGAUGACGAGGAUGCCCUGGCCACCCCAGGAGGACUGCUGCUCAACUGCAUCAACUCUGGGCUGUACAUGGCGAAUUACAACCUCAUCAUCCCCACAAUCACGGAGCUGUGCCGCAAGAUCGGCGUGCCCAACGCAAUGGUGGGAAUCAUCAUCGGCUGCUGUGACAUCGCCACAAUCCCGGGCACCAUCGGCUACAGCAUAUGGACGAACCACGACUACAAGACGCCGCUGCUGGCCAGCGCGACGGCGUGCCUGGUGGGCAACUUGGCCUACUGCCUCUCCUAUGACCUGGGCGCUGUCUGGCUCCUCUUCCUCGCCCGCCUCAUCACCGGCCUCGGGUCGGCCAGGACGGUGAACCGGCGCUACAUAGCGAUAUUUGUGGCGUACAAGGACCGCACGUGGGCCAGCGCGCUCUUCGUCAGCCUCAGCGCUGUGGGCAUGGCUCUGGGUCCCCUCUUGGCGCUGCCCCUGUCCCACUUCCCCACCCUCAAGUUUGCCGGCCUCACAUUUGACCAUAUCACGAUGGGAGGAUGGCUGAUGAACGUGGCCUGGCUCAUCUUCAUGAUCUUCGCCUACUUUGGCUUCGAGGAUCCUCUGAAGAAAAAGAAGAAGACGGACGAGCUGCGCGAGCCGCUGCUGGCGGCGAAUGGAACGCCCCACGACGUGGAGGCGGGCCCCCCGCUGCCCAAGGUCCCCCCGCCGCCGCCGUCCAGCUCAGCGGACUCGGAUGACGAGGCGGGUGAGCUGGAGGAGGAGGGUUACCUGGCGCGGCUGAGUCACCUGUGGAGCUCACCCCUCGUCGCCACCUCCUGCUGCAUCUUCCUCUGCUACAUCCUCAAAGUCGUGCAGCAGGCGUACAUUGACGGCCUGCCGAUCUUCACAGAGAUGGCGUAUGGAUGGUCCAACUCGGACGUGGGUGUCAUGCUGGGCGUGCUGGGACUGGUGGCUCCAUUAGUCAACUUCACCGUCGGCCGCCUCUCCGCCAAGCUCCCAGACCGCCACAUCACCCUGGCGUCGAUCUUGGUGACACUGGCGGGCUGCGCUGCGCUGAUGAAGGGGCCCCUCCCCAUGUCCAACUUCUUCAUCGCAGGCGCCCUGGUGUACAUGGGCACCAUCGUCCUGGAAGCAGUCUCCAUGUCCCUCACCUCCAAGGCACGCUUCCUUGAACUCACUCUAUUUUAUGAGCAUUAUUAUUAUUAUUAUUGUUAUUAUUACACGCUUUUGCUGCCGGAAGCAAGGCAUGUCAGGGUGCACUGCCUGGCAAGCCUUGGUGGGACAGGGGUCAAGAAGUUUGGGUUUUCACUGCGCUUCAUGUACGCAAACUUUGUCGCCGCAAGCACGCUCGGCCGCCUGUGCGGAAACCUGCUGCUCUCCCUCUGCGCGCGCAUAACCGGAGCCAUGACACUCGAGCAGGUCAACAAAUUAUCCACUGUCCUCUACGGCGCGUCUGGCGCUUCCAUGAUCUUCUCAAUCGUCUAUGUGCUGUCCGUCUAUAGCCGCCUCCAGGGAUGA